AUGAGCAGCCCGCCUCCUCGAUCAAGCCGCCUGCGCCGAUUCUCAAAUUUGCGAAACAUUACCCACGGUCACCUGCUCGGUGGCAUUACUUCCAGUGGGGGUGGGAAAGGAGGCUAUGGGGCCAACGGCACGAGCACCACAGGCAGCACUGACAACCUUGCGGGCUCACCAAGUGACCCUGAAGGUCAUUUUGUAGCUCUUCGAUCUGCACCUCUACCCGGCCACUCCAACGAUCUAUCACUAGUCAACUCUGCCCCGGCAGGCUCCUCCUCAUCGCAGGGUCUCUCCAUCGACCUCACCAGUCCGCUCGUGGUCGCAUCUGCUGAAACUUCACCUUCUGCAAUUCCCAGAUCGAACCCCAUGGCUCUCACAACACCAACCUUCGGCAGGACCAACGGGGCCAGUGCCCCCUCGACUCCGACUCCUGGAGCUGCGAGCGAGGGACAGCCCACCACGGCCGCGACACAGACUGCUGACAGCGCCGCCGCUGCCACAACAAACUCCAACACCACAGGUCCCGAUCUGCUACCCUCAAUCCGCUUCUCGGCGUACUACGACCCACGGUCCACUCGUCCCUCUCUGACAUUCCCUCCGAUCACCAGAACACUGCCUACCGGCAAGGAAGUCAUUCGUGUUGGGCGAUACUCGGAGCGCGACAGCCAAUCCAUGGCCAACAUGCCCGGUAACCAGCCUUCAGCCGCCGCGGUUGGAUUCAAGAGCAAGGUGGUUAGUCGCCGUCACUGCGAGUUCUGGCACGAGAACGGCAAAUGGUAUAUCAAAGAUGUCAAGAGUUCGUCCGGAACGUUUCUGAACCACAUUCGUCUGAGCCCGCCGUCCCAGGAGAGCAAGGCCUUCCCCGUCAACGAUGGAGACAUUGUGCAACUUGGAAUUGAUUUCAAGGGUGGAGAGGAGAUGAUCUUCCGCUGUGUCAAGAUGAGACUGGAGCUGAACCGUGGCUGGCAGAACAAGCUCAACACAUUCAAUAUGGCCGCCCACAAGAGAUUGAGGACAAUGGGAACAGGUUCUCAGGGAAGCAAUGCCUCUGGCUCUUCCGACUGCUCGAUUUGCCUAAAUUCUAUUGCGCCCUGCCAGUCACUAUUCGUGGCACCCUGCUCCCAUACCUGGCACUUUAAAUGCGUCCGGUCGCUUCUCACAUCUCCACAGUACCCCAUCUUCAUUUGUCCAAACUGUCGUGCCGGUGCCGACCUCGAAGCCGAUGUUGAUGAUGCCGAAGACUGGGACCAGCUCGACGGCAACGACGCUGACGCUGAGGUGGAGGCCAUCAAGGAGGAAGCGGAGCCAGCCGCCCCGGCAGAAGUACGCAAUGAGACACCAAAUGACGGCCCCUCGCCUCCACAGACUGCGCCGCCCCCUCCCCCAGCAGAAGAUGAAGCAAGCAUGGAUAUCGACCCUGCGGAGAUGACGAUGAACAUGACCGUCGUCGAGUCCUCUGAAAACCAGCCAAACUCGACUCACACUACAUCCGAGCCAGUACCAAUAGCAAACCCGGCAUCCGGGGCUGGUCGAGCUUCGAGAGACGGAAAGACUCCUUCGCCCCCUCCCGCUGGGACCGAGGGUCCGAUUACACCCAGAAAUGAAGCCGGGCCCUGGGUAUUUGAUGGUAGUGGCCAGCGAAAUCCGGAGGCAGGCGAGGCAAUGGGAAGUCUAGAUGCAGCAGCAGACAUGCUUAACGGGGCUUCAAUAAACAGCCCAAAGCGGUGA